GGCGCCCGGGCGCGCCACGUGUACGUAAGGGCAGACAGGAAGCGUCCGGCUAGACGUGACGCGGCUGGGCCGGCGACGGCUGCAGCCAUGGAGCUGGACGGAGAGCCCUUGUCCGCGCGGCCGGCGUUGGAGACCGAGGGGCUGCGUUUCCUGCACGUCACGGUGGGCUCCCUGCUGGCCACCUAUGGCUGGUACAUCGUCUUCAGCUGCAUCCUUCUCUACGUGGUCUUUCAGAAGCUUUCCACCCGGCUGAGAGCCUUGAGGCAGAGGCAGCUGGACAGAGCCGCAGCUGCUGUGGAACCUGAUGUUGUUGUUAAACGACAAGAGGCUUUAGCAGCUGCUCGUUUGAAAAUGCAAGAAGAACUAAAUGCGCAAGUUGAAAAGCAUAAGGAAAAGCUAAGACAGCUUGAAGAAGAAAAAAGGAGACAGAAGAUUGAAAUGUGGGACAGCAUGCAAGAAGGAAAAAGUUACAAAGGAAAUGCAAAGAAGCCUCAGGAAGAAGACAAUUCUGGGACUUCUUCUGUCAUCCCCAAACGGAAAUCUGACAGAAAGCCUUUGAGGGGAGGUGGUUAUAACCCUCUGUCUGGUGAAGGAGGUGGAACCUGCUCCUGGAGACCUGGACGCAGAGGCCCGUCUUCGGGCGGAUGAAGCUAAGAAUCUUGUUAGUGUCACUUGUGACAUUAACGAGACAAAUCCUUAACCCUCGAUUCAAUUGCCUUACGCACGCUUUUCACAGUGACUAGCCAAGGGGAAGGGGGUUUAUUUCUGUUCUUUACAGUCAGCAUAUGGUAUAGACGUUGCCACUAGGCAUAGGUCAUUGGUCACACUCCACUUAAAGACAGUGACUACAUCUGUUGAUUUCAUGGUUAAUUGCUAGUUAGUAAGUAAAGGCCUCUAAAUGAUCAGUAGUCUUGAUAAAGAGGCCUCGUAAUGAUCUUUAAAGUUAAAGUCCUUGCUGCUAGGACAGUCUCUGUGACAGGUUGCGUUGAAUGAUGUCUUCCUUAUAAAUGGUGAGCCCACCAGUAAGGAUUACUGAUGCAGACAGUUGAUGGGGUUUGUUUCUGUAUAUUUAUUUUUAUGUACAGAACUUUGUAAAAAACUGUAAAUAUUAAAAAAUUUGCAAAUAACAUUUUUAGCAUCUUUAUCAAAUUCAAGGAAAUUUCUUUAUGAACUUGAAUUUGUCUAUCAAACAUUAAACAGCUUUUUAUUAUUCACAAC